UCGCCAUCAUACACCAUUAUCACACCAUUCCCUCACACACAGAAUCCCACCCCAAUCCCUUCUGUCACUCACUUACCCACACUCACUCCUUACCCUCGACUCUCUGCUUCAAUCUUCAGACCAAAAAUGGCUACCUUCUCCAUUUCCCAUUUUACCCCUAUCACAUUCAUCUAUUUCCUUCUCUUCUCCUCCAGCUCCACCCCCAUUUUGGCUCUCAACAUCACCAAUCUACUAUCUUCAUACCCUGAUCUCUCCGACUUUUCUGACCUCCUCACCUCCACCUACGUCGCCGCCGAUCUGACCCACCGCUCCUCCCUCACCCUCCUCGUCGUCCCAAACUCCUUCCUCCGCUCCUCCGAUCUGACCCACCACUCCCCCUCCAACCUCGCCGACGUCAUCCGCUACCACGUCCUCCUCGAGUACAUAUCCUGGUCCGACCUCCGUAAGAUUCCGUCCGCCGGUGAACUCGUCACCACCCUCUACCAGACCACCGGCCGCGCCACCAGCAACUUCGGCUCCGUCAACAUCACCCGCAUCCCGGGGAGCGACGCCGUCUCCGUCCGCUCCCCCGCUGCGUACUCCCCCUCCAACGCCACCAUUCUCUCUCUCGUCAAGACGCUUCCCUACAACGUCAGCAUCUUCACCGUCAAUUCCCUCAUUGUCCCAUACGGGUCCGAUCUCAUGGCCUCCGAAAGUCGACCCCCAUUGGGUCUCAACAUCACCAAAGCCCUCAUCGACGGCCACAACUUCAACGUCGCCGCGUCGAUGCUGGCGGCCUCGGGUGUCGUCGAGGAAUUCGAAGCCCGUGAAGGCGGUGCCGGAAUUACCCUUUUCGUCCCCACCGACGAAGCGUUCUCGGAUCUUCCGGCGACUGCCAAGUUUCAAUCUUUGCCGGCGGACAAGAAAGCGGUGGUGUUGAAGUUUCAUGUCUUGCCUUCGUACUAUCCGCUUGGAUCUCUGGAGUCAAUCGUGAACCCGAUUCAGCCGACGCUGGGGACUGAGGCGAUGGGUGCCGGAAGCUACACUCUGAACAUAUCGAGGGUUAAUGGGUCGGUGGCGAUCGACACCGGGAUCGUUCAGGCGUCAGUGACGCAGACGGUGUUUGAUCAGAACCCAGUUGCGAUUUUCGGGGUUUCAAGGGUCUUGUUGCCGAGAGAGAUCUUUGGGAAGAUCCCAGUGGUGUCGACGAAGCCUAGUGAUGGCGGUACAGGUGGUGCUCCGCCGCCGGAAGUCGCUUUGUCGCCGGAAUCUUAUGGUCCACCGAGUCAUUUGUCAUCCCCGCCGGGUUUUCGCCAGGAUAUCCGAUCUGAAGCGGCCAAAAAUGGCGUUCAGAGCUCGAUUAUGGCUCUCUGUUGUAUAGGAUUGUAUCUAUUGUGCGCAGUUGCAGUCUGAAACUUUUUGCUAAAGUGGCACCACAUCACCUGAGGUGUGUACCAUUAUUACCGGCGGAGAGGAAAGGAAUCGAUUUGUUGGAGGUCAUUUUCAGGAAUGUGAUGGGCAUUUUCGUCAAAUCAAAAGAAGUACGAGUACUACGAAAUGCGCACACACAUACACAGCGAAUCCAGUUUGGAUACUAAUGGCACUUCGGUAGAUUUAAUUUGGCGGUACUACGGUACGUAAAUUAGUGGCGAAAGUGGUUGACAGAGGGAAAGUUGAGUGGUCCCACAAAUGGACGGUCUGAUCUGGGCUGAUUCCGAAAGCUGAUGUCCCCCGCAUGUGCCUGCCGUUGGAUGGUGAUUGGGAAGGCAGUGUACGGCCAGAUCUGGAUUCUCUCAUUGGGAAGUGUAGUAGUGUACACUACAGUGUAUGUGCUCAGAUAGUAACGUAUGAUGGACCCAUUUUAGUACUAGUAUGUGAUUGUCUUCGCGCAAUUGGGUGCUGAUAAAGUGCAACACGAAAGCCUGAAGAUCCGAUAGUCGUCCGACACAGAGAGACGUAGAUUUCGGUGACUAGGAGAGGUGAGUGUUUUGAUGGGCCGGUUCAUUAUUUAGUCCUAAGACAGGCUUGCAUUGCAUGGUUGCUAGAUAGCUAAUAUGGGCCACUCUCAUUCAUUUCCUAACUUCAUGUUCCAUUUAUUUCGUUGAGUGGUUGAUGUAAUAAAGUAGUAGUAGCACCGAACUGGUUCUUUCAAUUUGAAAUCUUUAACUAAUUUUUUUUUAAUUUUAAAUUUA